AUGCCUUCGUUUGAAAACGACGCUCGGUCUAAAGAUCUGUCGUUGGUUGACAAAAAACGGCUUCAAUGGGAGAAGGAAAGAGGUAAAUUUAUGCACAGCGGCGAGUACAUCUUUGCGAAUAAAUCGGUUUCAGAGGAGCAGCAGGUGUGGUUUCCGUUUGGCCGUUCGCCGAACCGGUCAUCUCGGCGGUCGCGAGCUUCUCUUGACCAUUCCAAAUCUGUCAACAGCGGGCACAACGACACUCCGGGAACUCCCUAUUCGGUGAGAGCUUUGCAUCGGUGUACGGCUUCCGCUCGAUUAAUUUUCGUUUACUUUUUUGUGUGCUGUCUGACCUCUGACCUGUCACCAUUCUGUGACAUAUUGCCGCCAAACCGGUAA